AAUGAAGUACCCUUGCCAGAUAUUCUGUUGUUCGUAGCUUCCUUGAUCUUGCUUGUAAAAGUAAAGUAGAAAAAUCCACGGACACCCUGUCAUAGGAGUUGAAAUGAGUCAAAGUCAAGGCAUAUAAUAUUCAGAUGGAAUGGACGGACGAACUUGCUGGCUAAGUUUCAUUUGCUUCAUCAACAAGGAAUCUGGACCUAUAUAUAUAGCGGAAAUGAACUCAAUAAAUUCACAGACAACAUUAAUCAGCAGCAAUUAGCAUUUAUAGCACAUCCUAUUCUUAAUUACUCCAAUCAACAAGAAGUUAGAGUGUUUUUCCCUGUUUGAACUUUGUACAACCACAACACUUUAACACCUCCAUUCUAUUUCUACUUGAUCUUAGCUAGAUUCUUAGGCCAGAUUGUAUUGCAGAAGCUUAAGCUAGAUGGGUCUUAAGGACAAGAAGAAUAGCUCACUUUGGUCUGAACUUUUAUCCUUAUUAGCGGUGAUCAUUUUUAAUGGAGAAGUGAAGACAAGUAAAGCUGCAGCACCACCUGGUGGGGCUGUGGUCAACAUGGUUGCUGUGUCAAAGCAUUUCUCUUCCCCUCACAAAGUGCAGUUUGGCUAGUUUAGCUAUCUUAUUCUUCCUGCUACUCGAUUAUGUAUUACAAGUGUAUUUAAUUAGGUGUGGAAAGUAUUGAAGUACUCAAACAAAUAAUGAUAAUUUUGUAUUUGUAAUAUGUGAUUUAAUUUGAGACAACUUUUUUCAUAAACAUUUAGCACGUUUUUAUUCAAAAUAUACACUCAAUGCCAUGCCACCAUCUCCAUGUCCCUUUGUUUUCCAAAGAGUUCAGCUAUUGAGUGUAGAGAAUUUCAAUCGGAAGGAUCAUGACAUUUAUUUUAAGAGCAUGUUUGGAGGAGACUACCAUCCAUGAGUGGCUAGGGAAAGAAAUGUGCAUACUCUCUGUUAAUCAGAUCUUGGUAUCCAUCAAUAAUACAAAAUCAUGUUUUGAACCAUGUUUUGUUUCGGCCAAGGAUUAAUAACAUUGUUUUUUAGUAGGCCUAAGGGCUAGGCCCAGAUUGCAAGUUGUAGGAGGAUAUUAAAUAAUAGCCCAAUGGACGUUGGUUCAGACAUUAUUGAUAGAAUAGGAAAUAUUCUUCCUGUAAUUAUGCCUAAUUUCUUGUAAUUGUAUUUAUUCCUAGGUUGACUUUACCUGUAUAUAUACUCUUGCUAUUGAUCAAUGAAAGGCACCAAAUUAUUUCCAUAUUCUUCCAUUCUUACAUGGUAUCACGAGUCUUUCUCUGAUCCAAACCCUAGCCUCCUUGCGUUGACGGCCGUGCCACCUUUCCCCUUUUGCACCGCCUCCGCACACAAGCUUCUGCGCCGCCGCUGCCACCGCCGCCGCCGCGCCAUUUUUUUCUUGUACCUUGCUUCCGCCCAACCUCCAUUUUCUUUUCUUCCACUCAGCAGCCUUCUCCUUCCUUCCUUUCUAAAAAAAAAAACGUCGCCGCCCCUGCCGCGUGUAUCUCAGUCACGCCCCUCCGCUGCCUCUGCAAGUUUCCAGCGUCGUCGUCCUCUUCGCGAGUUGUUCCUCUCUCACCAGAUCCCAGUGCCGCCGCCUCCUACAGCCGCGCCGCCACUGCCCCUCGCACCGACGACCGCCAACCUUGCCCGCCGCCGCCGCCCCUGGCCGCUAGCCUCCCGCGCCGCCAGCACACGCCCAGAUCUGCGCUCCACUUGCAAGCAGAUCCGGGUACCAAACAACAAGCUCGACCCGACCCGGAUCUGUUUCCAGCGAACUAGACCGCACCGGUUCGCUCAGCCCGGUUUGGCCAGACCGUCCGGUUAAACCACCAGCAGCCUUAAAAAAAAGAAAAAAAACAUUUAUCUUGCUAAUUCCAUGGCUGAUUCCACUUCCACUCAUACGGUGGUCCCUCCAGUGGCUCCUCUUGCCCCGCCGACCAAGCCUGAUUUUCACCCGACGCUUGCUGUUUCAAAUAUUAAGAAUAACAUCCCUAUUAUGCUUGACAUGGACACUGACCGCUAUGGUACUUGGGCGGAGCUUUUUCGCAUUCAUGCCCGUUCCCAUCGGGUUCUGCAUCACAUUGUCCCUGUUGCGGACAAGCCUCCUCCGCCAGUCACUGACCCUACCUAUGAGCAGUGGGCCACUUUGGAUGCCACGGUCCUUCAGUGGAUCUUUUCCACGAUUUCUAUUGAUCUGAUGACUACCAUCAUGGAGCCUGACUCCACUGCUCUCAUUGCUUGGACGCGUUUGGCAGAUCUAUUUCAUGAUAAUCAGAACGCCUGUGCUGUCACCCUGGAGCAGGAGUUUUCUACUGUUCGCAUGGAGGCUUUUCCGACCAUUGCCGCCUACUGUCAGCGUCUGAAGACGCUUUCUGACCAGCUCCGUGAUGUCGGAGCUCAUGUGAACAACCAUCGUCUGGUAUUUCAGCUCAUCUCUGGCCUCACUGAUGCUUACAAGGGUGUUGCCACUUUGAUUCGCCAGAGCAAUCCGCUCCCCUCGUUUCAUCAGGCUCGCUCCAUGCUCACCUUGGAGGAAGCCGGUAUGGCUAAGAUGAAACCUGCUGAACCUCCUACUGCUUAUGUUGCUACUCAGUCGCGACCUUCUGUUGCAUCUUCACAGAGCUCUGAUCGUAGGUCCUCCAACCGUUCUCGAUCCCACAACUCUAAGGGUCAUGGUGGGAAUCGUGGCAACGGUGGUGGAUCACGCAGUGGCACCUCUCAAGGCUCCUCUCCUCCGAUGCCACCUCAGCCGCAGUACUUCCCGUACCAGCAUUGGGGAUGGGCCCCUCCUCCUUGGGCCAUGCCUCCGUGCCCAUAUCCUACCUCUUAGUGGACUCGUCCGUCUGCUCCUCCUCGGAAACCCGGCAUUUUGGGUCAGCGUCCUCAGGCUUAUGCUGUGCCCACUGACAUUGCCAUUGCCAUGCACACCAUGACACUUGCUCCCCCGGAUGACACCUGGUACAUGAACACUGGAGCAUCCUCUCAUGUAGCAGCCUCACCAGGUAAUCUCACGUCUUAUUCUAAUUUAAGUCAUCUUAAUCAGAAACUGUAUGUUGGUAGCGGACAGGGCAUUCCAAUUCAAGGUUCUGGAGACACCACCCUCCCCACCUCCCAUAAACACAAGCCUUUGACCCUUUCCCAUGUCUUGCACACACCACAAAUUGUUAAAAACUUGAUUUCUGUGCGACAACUCACUACUGAUAACAAUGUUUCUGUUUGUUUUGACCCAUAUGGCUUCUCGGUUCAUGAUUUUCAGACGGGGAUUCCACUCAUGAGAUGUAAUAGUCCUGGCGACCUAUAUCCAGUCACUUUAUCCUUUCCAUUUGCUGGUCUAGCUCAGAGUCUCUGGCACAGCCGCCUUGGUCAUCCCAGUCUUUCUGCUUUGCAGUCUCUUCGUAGUAAUAAGUUCAUUCAUUAUGAGCAUUUGAAUUCUAGCACCGUUUGUGAGUCUUGUGUGUUGGGCAAACAUAUUCGGUUGCCCUUUGUUUCUUUCAAUAAUGUAACUGUGAUGCCCUUUGACAUUUUACACAGUGAUUUGUGGACUUCACCUAUUUUAUAUUCUGUCGGUCAUCGAUAUUAUGUAUUAUUCUUAGAUGAUUUUA